GCUUUUCCAUUUCUCCAGCGUCCACGAUACUGACGCCGCCACGCCAUCGGCAUGGGCGGAGCCGCACGAGUUCUACCACGUCCUAUUGCCCACCACCACUUCCACCAGUCUGCCUCUCUUCCCUAUCUCCACGCUGCCGCACCUGUCGCCGCCUCCUCCGCUCUCUUUGCCCCACGCCCCACUCCGAGCCCGAGCGUCCGCGUCUCCCGCCCGCGCCGCCACGCCGCGAUGUCCGCCGCCGCAGCCGACUCCUCCUCCUCUUCCUCCAUCGGAAUACCGCGUGAUGCGGCGGUUAGCUCGCUCUCGCCCGAGAGCGUCAGCAACAACGAUCUGCUCAUCGUUGGGCCGGGCGUGCUCGGCCGGAUCGUCGCCGAGAUGUGGAAACAGGAAUAUCCAGGUUGCAAGGUUUGUGGCCAGACUGCAACCACAGAUCAUCACAGUGAAUUAACUGACAUUGGUAUCAUUCCCUCCUUGAAGAGGUCCGUAGCGGGUCCCAAAUUUCCAAAUGUUAUUUUCUGUGCUCCACCAUAUCGUUCUGAGGAUUAUGCUGGAGAUCUGAGAAUAGCAGCUUCGAAUUGGAAUGGAGAAGGUUCUUUCCUAUUCACCUCGAGUACUGCUGUGUAUGACUGCAGUGACAAUGGAUUCUGCGGUGAGGAUUCUCCUUGUGUAUCGAUUGGUCAGAGCCCUCGUACUGAUGUGCUUCUAAAAGCUGAAAAUGUUGUCCUUGAGGCAGGGGGCUGUGUUCUUAGGCUAGCAGGACUUUACAAAUCAGAUCGAGGUCCUCAUGUCUAUUGGUUGUCAAAAGGAACCUUGGAUGUGCGUCCUGAUCAUAUACUCAAUCUGAUACAUUAUGAAGAUGCAGCCUCUCUUGCAAUUGCCAUCAUGAAAAAGAGAUUACGGAGCCGCAUCUUUGUGGGCUGUGACAAUGAGCCUCUGUCCAGGCUAGAGAUUAUGGACCGUGUCAACAGAAGCGGGAAAUUUGAGACACAGUUUCAGGGCUUCACUGGGACUGAUGGUCCGCUGGGGAAGAGGAUGGAGAACUCCAAAACUCGGGCAGAGCUCGGAUGGCAGCCCAAGUAUCCGAGCUUUACAGAGUUCCUUGGUCUCAGCAAUCUCUAACUUUCAUGCGUUGUCGCUAAAUACUUGUGAUUAAAGAUGAAUAUACUGGUACAUGAAAGAAACAAUGACAAAUUUGAAGUGGAAUGUUGGUUCCUCAUACUACAGGGUUUGGCUAUCUUUUGUUUUAUUCUGUUAGAUCAUGUAAAGCAUUGCAUCAUGGGGUGGCAUGUACCUAACAGCCUUCAAUUCUCUUUUGUUAACUCAUGAGAGCAUUGUACGAGCAUCUCCAACAGUUAUGCAAUUGAAAUUUGCCAUUUGUUGGAGUUUGCCAAAUCCCUAAACAUUUUGCCAAAGGAAAAAUAAGUUUAUCUCCAA